AUGCAUAUCCCGUUUGCUGCACACGCAGCUGCCGCCCUCAUAUUUGCUACGUCGGUUAAUACAGCCCCUACAACAGUCAAGGCGUCAUCGAAUGCCGGCUCACCUGCUUCUGAUGUCUACCCUCCGUCUGGCACUGUGGUCAACUCCUCCCUUUUCCCACCGGAGUCUGUUGUUGGCUUCCCUGGACCAACGCCUACUGGUGCUGAGCCAAAUGCUAUUCAGACAGCACCCUCGUAUCCGUACAACGACAAGAGUUCCAACUCUUUCCCGCUCAUUGCUCCGCAGCCUCAUGGCAAUGAUGGCCACUCUAAGUUCGAUAUUUCGAGGUACUGGGGCAAUUUAUCUCCAUGGUACUCCCUCCGCUCUGAAGAUUACGGUCUGCCUGACGCCAAUCCUAUUGUACCAGAGGGAUGCAAUAUCACCCAGGUCUUGCUGCUGUAUAGGCACGGAGCUCGCUACCCUACGAGCGGCGCUGCACCAGGGACAUUUGCUCAGAAGGUAGCUAACGCGACAAAGACCGGUGAUCUUGCCUUCACUGGUGAGCUGUCCUUCCUGAGUGACUGGACCUACAAGCUUGGUGCCGAGCUUCUCACACCGUUUGGACGCAGUCAAAACUUUAUGCUUGGUGUACAAUCUAGACAGAUGUACGGACAUUUACUCAAUAACUUUACUGCUGCAGGCAAGCUACCUGUUUUUCGAACACAGUCUCAAGACCGUAUGGUUAAGACAGCUGAGAAUUUUGCUGCCGGUUUCUUCGGUGUACCUGAGUACAUGAGCGAAGUCAACAUUGAGAUCUUAGUCGAGACCCCUGGUGUAAACAACUCGGGCGCACCCUACGAGGUCUGUUUGAACUCGAACAUAGCCAGCAAGGGGAGCAUUGGAAGCACAAUUGCCGCGAAGUUCGCCGUCAAUGCUUUCAACGCCACUAUAGCCCGCCUUCAAUCGCAGGCUGAGGGUAUCAGAUUUACCGCAACCGACGCCAUUGCUAUGUUACAACUCUGCUCAUACGAAACUCAUGCUCUCGGCUACUCUGCUUUUUGCGACCUGUUCAGCGAAGCAGACUUCCUCAACUACGAGUACUACUACGAUCUCUCGUUCUACUAUAACAACGGCCCUGGCUCACCUGUCGCUGCUGCACAAGGAAAGGGAUACCUGGACGAAUACCUUGCACGUUUGACAGGCACAUACCCGCCUGCCAACUCGGCAUUAAAUGAAACGUUCGACAAUACAACGACCUACUUCCCACUGCAACAGUCAAUAUACGCCGACGCAACGCACGAAGUUGUCGUUCUCGACACGCUCACCGCUUUCAACCUUACGGCGCUAUUCGAUGGCCCGGCGUUGAGUCCGAGCGGCAAUCAAUAUGCCAAUUCGUUUGUAGCGAGCAGACUUGUUCCAUUUGCGACGCAUUUCACUACCCAGGUAUUGGAGUGCAAGGCUAGGAGUCCGAGCAGGCAGAUCAGGUUCAUUGUCAAUGACGCCGUCAUCCCGAUCAACGGCUCGCACCCCGGCUGCCCGACCGACAAAGAUGGUCUCUGCGCAUUUGACAAUGUAGUCAACGUGCUGCAGAAGCGAAGCACUGAAAUUGACUUCGACUACGAUUGCCUGGCCAACUACACAGCGAGCCCUGGGGUGAACUACAAUGGCCGGGCACCGCGGUCGUAG